UGGGAGGGCGAGUCACUCUCAGUCUCAGCCACCGCCAAAAUAAUAAAUAAAGAAAAGGCAGAAAAAGGGUGAAGAACGACGAAGAAAAAAAGUCAUUGCCUUUGCAGUUUGCGCUCAGGUUUGCUUCAGAUUAACGUGUAGUAUCAUCCUCUUCCAAAUCGAGUGGAGGUCGCAAAGAUGGAAGAGGUCGUAAAGUCUGAGAACCAUUUGACAUCUGCUGCAGCUUUUGUUGAAGGGGGCAUUCAAGAUGCAUGUGAUGAUGCUUGCAGCAUAUGCCUUGAAGCAUUUUGUGACAGUGAUCCUUCAACAGUGACAAGUUGCAAACAUGAGUUUCAUCUUCAAUGCAUUCUUGAGUGGUGUCAGAGAAGCUCCCAGUGUCCUAUGUGUUGGCAACCCAUCAGCCUCAAGGAUCCCAGCAGCCAGGAAUUGCUUGAAGCAAUAGAACACGAAAAGACUUUAAGAAUGAAUCCACCAAGAAAUACAACAAUAUUCCAUCACCCAACCCUCGGAGAUUUUGAUUUACAGCAUCUCCCAGUUAGUGCAAGUGAUGCGGAACUUGAAGAGCGUAUUAUUCAGCACUUGGCUGCUGCUGCUGCCAUGGGAAGGGCGCGCCAUAUUGCAAGGAGGGAAGGGCAGAGGAGUAGAUCAUCUGCUCAGGCUCGUCCACAUUUUCUUGUGUUCUCAAGUCAUCCUAACGCACCUUCAAUUGCUUCUGUGUCUUCUCCAAUUCAGGGAGGUGAAGGAGAACCAGCUCCUUCAAACACAGUAGCUAGGCCGACUCCUUCUCUCUCGACCUUGGGAGAAGAUUCUACACCAUUGGUUACUCUUGCACCUUCUAGUCAACCCAUCCAGGUUUCUGCUUCAGCAUCUAGACCAAGUGUUCUUGCUCCCGCUUCUCAUGGAACUUCGUCUGACAAUCAAAGAUCUCAUACUCAAUCUUCUCCAACUCAUCAAGAUGGAGCAGGACCAUCAGAGUUCCAGUCAUUUUCAGAAUCUUUAAAAUCUCGAUUUAAUGCAAUGUCAAUGAGAUACAAAGAGUCGAUUACAAAGAGCACAAGGGGUUGGAAGGAGAGAUUGUUCUCCCGCAACACUAAUAUGUCAGAUCUUGGUUCUGAAGAUAGGAGAGAGGUUAAUGCUGGAAUUGCUACAGUAUCACGCAUGAUGGAGGACUUUGACACCAGAGAUAAUACCAGAACCAAUGCUGCUUCUGUAUCAAAUAGUUUGCGGGUAGCUCAGAUCCAGAAACCAGAACCAUGCCAAACUGCUUUUGAAUCAAAUAGUUCACAGGAUAGCUCAUUUCCAGAUCUGGACAAUGAGCAUAUUCCCGAUGCUGGUGUUAACAAUUCUUUAAAUGAGGGCAUUAUGCAAACUUCAUCUGCCACAGGCUCUGCUUCUAACUAGUCAUCUCUUGAGGAGCUAAUAGAAAGUCUUAUUUGGUAAAGAAGAGCACUGGGUGAUUGUGAUAUGAUGAAAGAAUAAAGGCAGUAAGAGAGAGAGAGAGAGAGAGAGAGCCGGACAAGGUGGACAUUGCCUGGAUUGGAUUCUACAUCAGUAGUAGUACUGACUGUAAAUUGGUUUGUGAAUUUACUUAAUGGACAUGUGUGUGUUUGUGUGGAAGGCAGAAUUAUGCUCCUACUCCUAGAGCUUUUUAACUUUUCCCCCUCAAAUGGGAACUUAAAUCACAAGCAUGAAGGCACCUUUCUUUUCCAUAAUAUUUUUAAUUUCUCAUUUCUAGGUGUCGUAGAACUAACUUUGUAAUAUGUGUGAACCCAUUCAGUUGCAAGCUAAAUUUAUUUAUUUGUUUUUCUUGCUACUGGAAAGGAAAAUGGAUGAAGACAGUUCCUUCUUGCCUUGC